AUGGCUAAUACCAAGACCAUCAAGGUCCCGCACCUUGGCACAACUGCCGGCUACGCGUUCGCCAACGACAGCUACGAUGCAUCCAAGCCAACGUGCGUGCUCAUCAACUCGAUGUGUAUGACGGCAGCAUUGUUCAAGCAUCAGUUCGACGAUGUUGAACUGUCCGAUGCCGUAAAUCUCCUCGCCAUCGAGCCCCUUGGCCAUGGCGCAACUAUCUGUACUUCAGAGCACUUCACGUAUUGGGAUAGUGCCAUCAUGGCGGUUCAGGUCCUGGAUGCUCUCAAUAUCGACAAGUUCUUUGCUCUCGGCACGAGCCAGGGAGGAUGGGUUGUAGCUCGCCUAGGGUUGCUUGCUCCCUCUCGAGUUCAAGGGUUGAUUCUGCUCGGUACUUCCAUGGACUGCGAGUCGGCCGGCUCGCGCGGCCAGGGCAGCUGGGAUCCCGUCCCCUUCUUCAAGCCCUUUCUGCAGAAGUGGACAAGCGAGGGGGCGACUCCCGACUUCGUUCCCGACGAAGACUGGCGGGGAGCGUGCACUGGCCUAGGAUUCGGGGCUGCCGGUUCCGCUGAGAACACCGCCUUUUGGAACGGGGUUAUCGGGGACGUGUACAAGGGAGAUGAAGGGCGGAGAAAGCUGAAGAUGGCUACAAUAUGCCUGUCCGAGAGGGACGGCCUACUGCUCAGGUUGGAGUACAUCAAGUGUCCCGUCCACUGGCUGCAGGGUACCGACGACGCCGUUUUCCCGGUCAAGCUUGCUGAGGAACAAAUCAAGCUCUUCACCGCCUCAAAAGACGCCAAAUUUGAUGCUGUUGAAGGUGGUGCGCACUACUUGAGUGCGUCGAACCCAAAGCAAGUCAAUACAGCCCUGUUGGCCAUGGUCAAAACUUAUGCUUGA